AUGAGGGGAGAUGAAAUCCCGCCUGGAUCCGGCUGCGCUGGCAUUGCCCAAGGCGAGAGCGAAGGGGGAGGGGGCGCGGGGCUGGGACCCCUCCUCGGGAACCGCCGGGACCUCGUUGGGAAUUGGGAAUUUGGGAAUUUGGGAAUUUGGGAAUUUGGGAAUUUCCGCCUGGCACCGAGCUCACCCCCGCUCCCGUCACCCGCAGCUGACCGGGCUGGGAAUGUAAAAACAGGAAAAACGGCUGAGCUCAUCCCAGCUCAUCCCAGCUCAUCCCAGUCCUCUCCCUGUGCCCAGCGGGCGUCCGGCCCUGAGCGGCACCGGGAGCGCCCCAAAAUCCUGGAGCCCCCCAAAAUCCUGGAGCCCCCCAAAAUCCUGGAGCCCCCCAAAAUCCUGGAGCCCCACCAAGUUCUGGAGCACCCCAAAAUCCUGGAGCCCCCCCAAGUCACCCCAGAGCCCUGUGGGGGGCUCCCGCCCCCGAGGCGCCGCUGCGUGUCCGUCCUGGAGCCCGGCACGGCCUGGGAUGAGGAUGAGGAGGAUGAGGAUGAAGGGCGGAUCCCCGGCGUGGCCCUGCGCAGAUCCCGGGCCCUGCGGAGCUCCCUGGACCCUUUCCGGAGGCACAGCUGGGAACCGGGCAAGGAACCGCGGGGCAUCCCGGGCUACGGGCAGCUCAGCAGGAGCCCCGAGCUCGGCUCCAGCGCGGAGCAGCUGGGGGGGCUCUGUGGGCGCCCCCGGGACCCCCGGAGAGCCCCCCUGGUGCACAGCAGUGACGAGCUGGACUCGCUGCUCUCGCAGGACGAGGAGGACGAGGCCGACGUGAGGCGGGCACAGGAGGACGCCAGGCGGCUCCCGGCGCCCCGGGCCGGGCCGCGCUCCCGGGGCUGGUCCCGUUUCAAAUCCGCGUCCCUCGGUGUCAUCGCCAGCGUCCCCGGCGAGGAGGCCGCCGAAAUUCCCCCGUUCGCCUCCCAGCAGAGCCUGCUCGGAGGGUGAGUGUCCCCUGGUGUCCCCUGAGUGUCCCCACGCUGUCCCUGUCCCC